GACUACAAGUCCCAUCAUGCCCCAGGGCCUCUUCCGGUUAUUGGAGCUGGGGAUCCGGUCACAGGGCUGCGGGCUCGUCUUCCUGCCUGUCCUUGGGCCGCUACUCGGGGGGGAUGCUCCAUGUUCGUGCAGGAGGAGAAGAUAUUCGCCGGCCGGGUGCUCAGGCUUCAUGUCUGCACCAUGGAGGGGGCCGAGUGGCUGGAGGAGGUGAUGGAGGACAUGACGGUGGAGCGGCUGAAGGAGAGGUGUCUGAAACAUUGUGCCCACGGGAGCCUGGAAGACCCCAAAAGCCUUACUCAUCACAAGUUGGUCCACGCCUCCUCCGAGAGAGUCCUAUCUGAUACCAAGACUGUUGCAGAAGAGAAUAUUCAGGACAGAGAUGUCUUGUUGUUGGUGAAAAAGAGGGCCCCUCCGCCACCACCAAAGAUGUCCGACGUAUCAGCAGAGGAGAAGCGUAAGCAGGAUCAGAAGGCUCCGGACAAGGACGCCAUUCUCAAGGCCACUGCUGGCCUUCCAGCUCGCACUGCGGAUCGGACAGUCGCUCAUCACAAUAUGAGAGAUUUCCAGACAGAGCUGCGGAAGAUUUUGGUGUCUCUUAUUGAAGUUGCCCAAAAGCUGCUAGCACUGAACCCUGAUGCCGUUGAGCUCUUUAAAAAGGCAAAUGCCAUGUUAGACGAGGAUGAGGAGGAUCGGGUGGAUGAAGUGGCAUUACGGCAGCUCACGGAGAUGGGAUUCCCAGAGAGCCGAGCGGUGAAGUCCCUCCGCUUAAAUCACAUGUCGGUCACGCAGGCUAUGGAGUGGCUGAUUGAACAUGCCGAUGAUCCAACAGCAGAUACGCCUCUUCCAAACGAGAACGCAUCAGACGAGGCCGGUGCCGCGGCAUCAGCAGACUCCAGAUCGUGUCAGGGAGCAACCGCAGAAGACCCUAAAGACGAACUCACAGAAAUCUUUAAGAAGAUACGGAGGAAAAGGGAAUUUCGCCCAGACCCCCGUGCUGUUAUCGCUUUGAUGGAAAUGGGGUUUGACGAAAAAGAAGUGAUUGAUGCCCUUCGUGUAAACAACAAUCAACAGGACGCAGCAUGUGAGUGGCUCCUGGGCGACAAGAAACCUUCACCGGAAGAUUUGGACAAAGGCAUUGACACCUCUAGUCCUUUAUUCCAAGCCAUCCUUGACAACCCUGUCGUACAACUAGGCCUAACCAACCCUAAAACUCUACUAGCAUUUGAAGAUAUGCUUGAAAACCCAUUGAACAGCACACAAUGGAUGAACGACCCGGAGACCGGCCCCGUAAUGUUACAGAUAUCUAGGAUUUUCCAAACCUUAAACCGCACGUAGGAGACGCUGCCCUCCCCAUCUACUGUGUCUCUGGACUUGGGGGGGAAAGUGCAAAAACCAAAACCUUACUUAUUUUUUUUUUUAUCUAUUCUGGGCCUGUGUCAUUGAUUCUGCUCAGGAGAGUGUGCGUGUGUUGCUUCAUUACUCUUAUCAUCGUGAUGUUAUUGGAGUUGUUUUGUGGUUUAGACCGGCCGAUCAAUCAUUGGGGGAUUCUUCGGGAUUACGAUGCGGUGUUGUCACUUUGCAAACAGGAAAACCAACUUCCAACGGGGACGAGCACCAUGAUGCCUUCUGCCAUCUGCAUUCUCCUCCUGACAACCAUUUCCAUGGUACAGUUAGCCUCUGGCGAUUCGAUACACCACCCAAAAGUAAAACUCCUUUAAAGGGGUACUCCGGAGGAAAACGUUUUUUUUUUUAAUCAACUGGUGCCAG